UGCCCAAGGGCUGGGAGAUGGAUUCCACCCAGGAAGGAGCUGUGUAUUUCAUCAACCACAAUGAAAGACGGAACACGUUUCUACACCCAGUGACUGGCCAGGUCCCAGAGGAAAACAGAAAAUUUGACUUGAAAAUAUCGGCCUUGGACAUGUCCAAUAAAACAGGUGGGAAACGCCCGGCUACCACCAACAGUGACAUAUCCAACCACAACAUGGUGUCGGAGGUCCCUCCAGAGCGGCCCAGCAUCCGGGCAACGCGAACGUCCCGCAAGGCCAUCGCCUUUGGCAAGCGCUCACACUCCAUGAAGCGGAACCCCAACGCACCUGUCACCAAGGCGGGCUGGCUCUUCAAACAGGCCAGCUCCGGUGUUAAACAAUGGAACAAGCGCUGGUUUGUCCUGGUGGACCGCUGCCUCUUCUACUAUAAAGAUGAGAAGGAGGAAAGCGUCCUGGGCAGCAUCCCUCUCCUGAGCUUCCGGGUAGCAGCGGUGCAGCCCUCGGACAACAUCAGCCGGAAACACACGUUUAAGGCCGAGCAUGCUGGUGUCCGCACCUACUUCUUCAGUGCCGAGAGCCCCGAGGAGCAGGAGGCCUGGAUCCAGGCCAUGGGGGAGGCUGCCCGAGUGCAGAUCCCACCAGCCCAGAAGAUAGCGCCCCAAGCUGUGCGCCACAGCCAUGAGAAGCCAGACUCAGAGAACAUCCCACCUAGCAAACACCACCACCAGCCAUCCCAGAACAGCCUCCCCAAGCCUGAGCCAGAGGCCAAGACUCGAGGCGAGGGUGAUGGCCGAGGCUGUGAGAAGGCAGAGAGGAGGCCUGAGAGGCCUGAAGUCAAGAAAGAGCCUCUGGUGAAAGCCAAUGGCAUCCCAGCUGGACCGGAGCCAGCCUCAGAGCCAGGCAGCCCUUACCCCGAGGGCCCAAGGGUCCCAGGGGGUGGGGAGCAGCCCACCCAGCCCAAUGGCUGGCAGUACAGCUCCCCUAGCCGGCCAGGGAGCACAGCUUUCCCGCCCCAGGAUGGGGAGAGCGGGGGACACCGGCGGAGCUUCCCACCACGUGCUAACCCCGACAAAAUCGCCCAGCGCAAGAGCUCCAUGAACCAGCUUCAGCAGUGGGUGAACCUGCGCCGGGGGAUGCCCCCGCCUGAGGAUCUUCGGAGUCCCUCUAGGUUCUACCCAGUGUCCCGCAGAGUCCCUGAGUAUUACGGCCCCUACUCCUCCCAGUACCCUGAUGAUUACCAAUACUACCCACCAGGGGUGCGGCCAGACAGCAUCUGCUCCAUGCCUGCCUACGAUCGGAUCAGCCCUCCCUGGGCCCUGGAGGACAAGCGCCACUCCUACCGCAACGGAGGUGGCCCUGCCUACCAGCUGCGCGAGUGGAAGGAGCCCACGGGCUAUGGGCGGCAGGAUGGCACCGUCUGGAUCCCCAGCCCCUCCCGGCAACCAGUCUAUUAUGAUGAAUUGGAUGCCACCUCCGGCUCCCUGCGCCGCUUGUCCCUGCAGCCCCGUUCCCACUCUGUGCCCCGCUCUCCUAGCCAGGGCUCCUACAGCCAUGCCCGCAUUUACUCCCCUGUCCGCUCACCCAGUGCCCGUUUCGAGCGGCUGCCACCUCGCAGUGAGGACAUCUAUGCUGACCCCGCAGCCUAUGUGAUGAGGCGAUCCAUCAGCUCCCCUAAGGUCCCUCCAAGCCCAGAAGUGUUCCGGGACAGCCUCCACACGUACAAGUUAAAUGAGCAAGACACAGAUAAGCUGCUGGGCAAACUGUGUGAGCAGAACAAGGUGGUGAGGGAGCAGGACCGGCUGGUGCAGCAGCUCCGAGCUGAGAAGGAGAGCCUGGAAAGUGCCUUGAUGGGGACCCACCAGGAGCUGGAGAUGUUUGGAAGCCAGCCUGCCUACCCAGAGAAGCUGCUGCACAAGAAGGAAUCGCUGCAGAACCAGCUCAUCAACAUCCGGGUGGAGCUGUCGCAGGCGACCACGGCCCUGACGAAUAGCACUAUGGAGUAUGAGAACCUCGAGUCUGAGGUCUCUGCCCUGCACGAUGACCUCUGGGAGCAGCUCAAUUUGGACAUCCAGAAUGAGGUGCUCAACCGGCAAAUCCAAAAGGAGAUCUGGAGGAUCCAGGACGUGAUGGAGGGGCUGAGGAAGAACAACCCCUCCCGGGGCACGGACACCGCCAAGCACAGAGGAGGACUUGGCCCCUCCACCACCUAUAGCUCCAACAGCCCAGCCAGCCCUCUCAGCUCCGCCAGCCUCACCAGCCCCCUGAGCCCCUUUUCGCUGGUGUCGGGCUCUCAGGGGUCCCCCACCAAGCCUGGGUCCAAUGAGCCCAAGGCAAGCUAUGAGCAAAGCAAGAAAGACCCCCACCAGACUUCACCCCCGGACACCCCCAGAGACAUCAGCCUUGUGCCCACCAGGCAGGAGGUGGAGGCAGAGAAGCAGGCAGCUCUCAACAAAGUUGGCAUUGUGCCCCCUCGGACAAAGUCGCCCACUGAUGAAGAGGUGGCCCCGUCAGCGGUGGUGAGGAGGAGUGCCAGCGGGCUCACCAAUGGACUCUCCUCCCGCGAACGCCCCAAGAGUGCCGUGUUCCCUGGUGAGGGGAAGGUCAAGAUGAGCGUGGAGGAACAGAUUGACCGCAUGCGGCGCCACCAGAGUGGCUCCAUGAAAGAGAAGCGGAGGAGCCUGCAGCUCCCAGCCAGCCCGGCCCCCGAUGCCAGCACCCGGCCUGCGUACAAAGUGGUGCGUCGCCACCGCAGUAUCCAUGAGGUAGACAUCUCCAACCUGGAGGCAGCCCUGCGGGCAGAGGAGCCUGGUGGGCAGGCCUAUGAGACACCACGGGAGGAAAUUGCCCGGCUUCGCAAAAUGGAGCUGGAGCCGCAGCACUAUGAUGUGGACAUCAAUAAAGAGCUGUCCACCCCAGACAAAGUUCUCAUCCCCGAGCGGUACAUUGACCUGGAACCCGACACUCCCCUGAGCCCUGAGGAGUUAAAGGAAAAGCAGAAGAAGGUAGAGAGGAUCAAGACACUCAUUGCCAAAUCCAGUAUGCAGAACGUGGUGCCCAUCGGCGAGGGGGACUCUGUGGACGUGCCCCAGGACUCAGAGAGCCAGCUGCAGGAGCAGGAGAAGCGGAUUGAAAUCUCCUGCGCCCUGGCGACCGAGGCCUCCCGCAGGGGCCGCAUGCUGUCUGUGCAAUGUGCCACCCCAAGCCCUCCCACCUCCCCUGCCUCCCCGACUCCACCAGCCAACCUCUCGUCUGAAUGCCCACGGGGCGCCGACAGCAGCCAUACCAUGCGGGUCUGAGCUCUGACUGCAAGCCCUGGCUGAGGCCAAUGCUGUGAAGCUCCACAGAGCCACAUUCUGAAGCUGUCCUCUGCCCACCUGAGGUCCUGGCUCCCCGUCCUGGCCCCCUGCCCCCAUGCUCCCAUGGGAAUGCCGCAGGGAGCCAGGCUGGGGCCAGGGCUGCUGCUGA